CACUUCCGUCGGUGAAAAUGGAACCCGUCCCAUCAACAUAAAUCUGUCAAAAUCGCUCUGCAUUUGCUGCCUCCAGAGACAAAAUGUCAAUCCCCAGCCCUAGUCGAACUUCGAGCACUGGAAGUGAUGUAUCAAACGAUAAAAAAACGAGUGCACAGAUGCCUGCCAAAAAAACUCCGAAUGAUUUCAAGUUUGGAAAAGUUAUCGGAGAAGGUUCUUUCUCAACAGUUAUACUCGCAAAAGAAGUGAACUCAAACAAAGAAUAUGCAAUGAAAGUGUUGGAGAAGAGGCAUAUCCUCCGAGAAAAGAAAGCUCAAUAUGUGAACCGGGAGAAAGAGGUGUUCAACAUGCUGUCCAAGCACAAUCAUCCGUUCUUCAUCAAAUUGUACUUCACAUUUCAAGACCCCGAAAGACUAUAUUUCGGUUUGAGUUAUGCAAGACGAGGUGAACUGUUGGACUACAUUAAAAAGUUAGGUGCUUUUGAUGACAGGUGCACCAAGUUUUAUUCAGGAGAAAUCAUACUAGCGCUAGAGCAUAUGCAUAGUUUGGGAAUCAUACAUAGGGAUUUGAAACCAGAGAACAUCCUCCUGAAUGACGAUAUGCACAUUCAAAUCACUGAUUUUGGAUCAGCUAAAAUCAUCAAACCUCAAGAGGAACCCAAGUCAGCAGAUAACACAGAUUCUCAAGGCCGAAAAAGGAAGAAUUCGUUUGUUGGCACUGCACAGUAUGUUUCACCAGAGGUACUAAAGGGCCAGCAGGUGUACUUCAGUUCAGAUCUCUGGGCAUUAGGAUGCAUAAUAUAUCAACUUCUGGCUGGAUUACCGCCAUUUAGGGGAAGACAUGAAUAUGAAAUCUUCCAAAAGAUUGCAAAAUUAGAGUAUGAAUUCCCCGAAGGAUUUAAUCCCAUUGCAAAGGAAUUGGUAGAAAAACUUCUCGUGUUAACACCGGAGGAGAGACUAGGUUGUGAAGAAAUGGGUGGCUAUCAGCCACUAAAAGAUAGUGUGUUCUACAAGGAUCUCAACUGGAGUAUAUUACCGGACCAACAACCACCAGAACUUGUUCCGUAUCUUCCUGCUGUAGACGACACAUCCGAAAAUCUCUGGAGUGAUUACAAGGCUGGGUUAGAUGAAAAGCAAUUAUCUCGUCUCCAUGGUAUCGAGUUACACGAUAAUGACAAGCCACCAUCUACCUCAUCAUCACCUUCCAAGGAACCUGGUGUGUCAGAAGAGGAACGCAAAGCCCUGUUAAAGACACAAGCAGAAACAAACAACUUCCAUAGAUUUGUUAAGAAUAACUUAGUAUUAAAGCAAGGAUUAGUUGACAAAAGAAAGGGUUUGUUUGCAAGAAGACGGAUGUUGUUAUUAACCGAGGGACCACAUCUUUACUAUGUUGAUCCUCAGGCUAUGGUGCUCAAAGGGGAAAUUCCAUGGUCCAAGGAACUCCGACCAGAAGCCAAAAACUUCAAGAUAUUCUUUAUACAUACACCAAAUCGGACAUAUUAUCUUGAGGAUCCCCAAGGCUAUGCAUUGGAAUGGGUGAAGAAGAUACAAGAAGUAUUGAAUCGUUACUAUGGAACUUAGAGGAAGCUUUAUGGCAUGGGUUAAAACAAACAAGUCACUUUUUAAGGACUUAUUAAUGAUGCUAUGCAUUGGACGCUGCCAUAGGAAUGUAAUAUAUAUCUUAAGUACGUCUUUAUGAUACUGAGGUUACCAGUCAAUGUCCUUAGGUCAAAAAGGCUAUUUAAAAAAGGUGUAUUAAAAAACAAACAAAUAUAAGCUAAACCUAACAAACACACCAGAGCAUAUUCUGAUAUUGGUAUGAACUGUGGUGUUUCAGAUGCAGAGAAUCGGAAUGAAAAGGUGAAUUCCCUUGCAUUAGAUUAUCCAUUGGUCACAUCCACUUGAGAGUGCCAUACAAUAUUAAGAUUAUUUUGCAUUAUGUUAGACCUUCCUUCUCGACCUGAAUAUGUGAUAUAUGGUACCGUUUCCAGAUUUCAUGUAUAAAUGUUCAUGUGAGAGUUUGCAUUGUGCGUUUUGGAAUGGCUGUCUAUUUCAAAUAAUUGUGGGUUUUAAUCUGAAUCAGAUGUUAUAUGUUGUUUGGUUGACACUGUGAACCAAAUGCAAGGUUCCUUGCACCCUACAGAGUGGUUAAUCAGAUUAAUAUGUAGCGAUUAUCAGCUGCCGGAUUUUGUCAAUAGACGUGCCGGAAUCUUUUUUUGGGCUGGUGAAAUUGAGGUGCAAAAGUAGAUGAUCAACAGUGUCACCCCUCAAUUUCACCAUCCCACAAAUGUUUCCGGCAAGUCUAGUAUUAACGAAGUAUUUAAAGAUACUAGAACAUGUUUAGGUACAUGUGUAUAAAUGGACAAAUUAAUAAGAAUUUUAAACAAACUUAAAAACAUGACCUGUUUCCUGUUCAGAAGGGCAGAUCGUGUCAUUAUUGUUGUGUUUGUAUCAUGGCAUUUGAUCAUGUAAGAAUGAUUUCUAAAAGUUUCCUUCUACAAAGUACAUGUUGUAUCAGAAGAGUGCGUGGGUGCAAGAUGUCAUUCAAUAAACUGACCAGCUUGGCUUUAUCUGAGGAAAAACCAAAGCAAUUGGUACUUUGCCUUGGUUUUGGUAGUUUUCAUUCUCUUUGGGACACCCUUUGCAUUAGUCAGGGUUUGGGUUGUCUUUAUUCCGAAUGUACAGUCCUGUAGAUAUGUUUGAUAUGUUACUCAUGUCCAUUAUUGAUCUCAGAUGUGUCAAACAAUGUGUCAGUGAUCUGUUAAUCAAGAGUGUUAUUUCUGUCAAAAGUUAUUUUAAUUCUGUUUCCAAAACUUGGUUAGGGAAGCCUCUACCUGUAGCUGUUAGUAAAGCUAGCUACCUUGUACCAUUGCAUUAAUAUUAAAGGUCUAUAUAAAUUCAUUGUUCGAUGAUGAUUGUUAUAGUUCAAUUUGCAAGUCUUGCCUUUUAUUGGUAGCCGAAUCUUUAGGGAUGCAGAGAUUGUUGUGGUCAUUAACCGCAGGUGGAUUGCAGCAACAUUCCGUCGGCCUCUACAGGUUUACCAGGACAUACAGCAGUAGUAACCUGCAUGAUGAGAUUUAGUGGGGUCGCCUACCUAUGAACACAUUGUUUAAUCGAGGUAACGGCCUGAUCCUGCAACCAGUGCCGGUUCUACUCUGAUACAGGAACUCCUAUAUUUUGCUUCGACGCUACUUUUGGCCUUAAAGGGGGACCAUAGGCAAGUGCUGGGGGGG